AAGCUUGACCAGGUAUAAAAGCCAACCACAUAGUAAUAUUCCUCAGUUAGUUCCAGCACCUGCUUUGCUUCACAUCUACUUCGAGCCGUUUAUAAGCCUAGCUCCAACACCCUUUCAAAAUGAAGAUGACACUUGCGCUUCUUGUCCUCGGACUCAUUCUGGUCGCAGCUGAGGAAAAAUACACUACGAAGUACGACAACCUGGACGUGGACGAGAUUUUGAGGUCAGACCGCCUGUUCAGCAACUACUUCAAGUGCCUGGUGGACACCGGAAAGUGCACUCCCGAGGGUCGCGAGUUGAAGAAAUCCCUGCCAGACGCCCUGAAGACAGAAUGCAGCAAGUGUAGUGAGAAACAGCGCCAGAACACAGACAAGGUCAUCCGCUACAUCAUCGACAACAAACCGGAGGAGUGGAAGCAGCUGCAGGCUAAGUUCGAUCCCGAGGAGAUCUAUAUCAAGCGCUACCGUUCCACCGCCGCCGCCUCCGGAAUCAAGGUUUAACUUCCGAUCCAGAUCCCUGGAGCAAUUUGUUAUAUGCACUGUUAAUUAGGUCUACGUAAUUGUUUUCAUCGAAAUUCUGUCUAAGAUCGUGCUCCGAAUAAAGAGAUUUGUUUUGUA